CAUAUGAAAGAAUCAAAUCAAAUUAGUAACUAAACAGUUUUGAUCGAAGAAGGAGCUCUGAAAUAAAAAACGAACGAAUUAUUUUUAUUAUUUUUAUUAAUAAAAAUACAAAUAUGUGGGAUACAUCUAAGCAACCAUUUCCUCCUCAGCCGCCAAUGAAUCCACAGAUGCAGCCACAGAUGAAUCCACAAAUGCAGCCACAACCUGCUAUACAGGUGCAAGUAUACAAUAUACCCGCUUCAGCGGUACCGCAAUAUCCGGCUGUUCAACCCGUACAGCAGAAUGAGGGUUGGUUUAGACGCAAUCAAAAAAAUAAGCCACAAUCAAACUCAGUGGGAACAGGUAAGAAAAUUUUUCAUUCGGGAGGUAUGAAUAUGGCAUGGAAUCUCGGUCUGGGAGGAGCCUUUAUUAUAAAUUAUACAUUGCCGCAACACUUGAUCUUAAGUUGGUUUAUUGGCGGUAUAAUUGGUGUAGUUGUUGGGGCAGUUGCCUGCAAUCGUGUGCCGAAAAAAUUACUAAUGGGUUUAGCCUCAAUCAUGGUCACAAUUGGCGGUAUACUACAGGUUUCCGAUCCCAAUUCAUAUGAUUCCAUUCUAGCUUCUCGCUAUAUAAAUGGCAUAGCAGUGGGUUUAGUAUUUCCGAUGACAUUUGUUUUGGUUGGCGAAGAGGUGGUGAAAAACAUGCGUGGUAUGAAUGCCGCUUCUGUGGACACCAUGUGCUUUAGUUGUGGUAUGUUUAUACAGAUUAUCUACUCUGUCACUUGGACCUCCAGCAUUGAAGAUUCCUUUCAAGCGAUACAAAUGUGUGGAGUGCUUAAUAUAAUUUAUGGAGUGAUUGCCUUUUUUAUGGGCUCCAUGUUAUUAAUAGAAUCACCUUUAUUCUAUUUGGCUCGGGGAGAGGAACAAAUGGCUAUUGAUUCAUUGAGACGUCUGCAGAGACCAUUUACUAUUACCUAUGAAACGUAUGAACAAUUAGAGGAACACAAGCGAUAUUUGGCCGAGAGUAAAGAAAGAUCUUUUUUGCAAAAUGCUGCCUAUGGAGUACCAGCAUUGCUUAAACUUUGUUUCUAUCGUGCUUUCAUGGCUCUGGGAUUUUCUUACUUUGUUAAUUUUGCCUUUACAUAUUCUUCGAUAGCAACCACACAACUCCAGACAUAUCCAUUUAUUUUGUAUGCUUUUGCCCGCUGGUUGGGACCUUUAAUUGUAACAUUUACCAUGGAUUCUAGAGGCCGUAAAAAUCCCAUGAUUAUUGGUUUCUUCAUUUGCACAAUUUUAGCUUUCACCGUUGGCGGUAUUUUUGAUAACAAACUAAAUUACAUCGAUAUCGAUUCCAUGAAUGCCGUCAAAUAUAUAUUGAUCUUUUUCCAACUAUUCGCCUCCAUAUCAAUGACUUCGUGUUCGGCGUAUUUGAGUGAAGCUUUUCCCUUGGCUGUCAAACCCUAUUAUGUGGCCAUUGUUUUCAUUGUGGAAAUGUUGGUUCACAUUAUCUGUAUUACCAGUAUUAGUUCAUUUAUAAAAAUUAUUUUACAUGUAUCGGAUUAUUUCCUAACUUUGGGUGCUUUAUCGUUGGUGUUUUUGGGCGUGGCUGUUUUUGUGAUGCCUGAAACUAAAUUGUACUCAUUACGAGAAUGUCUGCCGAAAUUUAGAAAAUUAAAUAAUUUCCGCAAUUAAUUUUAUGUAAAUAUUUAUUAUUGUUAAUAAAUGUUUUAAUCAAAAGCUUUUUAAAUAUUUUUAAG